GCGCGCGACCGUCGCUCUGUGUAGUCGCGCGCAACAGAUGAGAACCAGCAGUGGCGCCAAAUAGGAAGAACGUCGAACGUUCUGUAGCUAGCUACGUGCUGAUCACAUUCACAGCAUAGUAAACAAACCAUAACCAAAAGCCAGGUAGCUAGCUAAAUACUGCAAAGUACUAAACUUUUUACUUAUGAGGGAGCUUGAUCACCAGUUACUUUUCCUGGAACUUCGAGGCAGGACCAGAAAUCGCUUGGACUAGUGGAAACUUGCUGAACAAGCCAAGCCAUGGACCAGGGUGGUGGUGUGGCGGUGUGGCCUCGCAUGGAGCCCUUCCUCUUGGGGGCUCUGCAGGUGGCACCCCCUACCAAACUCAGCCUGCACUACCUGCGCAAGAUGGCUGCCUACGUGCGCUCGCGAGAGGGCUGCUUCCCCAUGCUAGGCUGGCUCAUGUGGAGGCACAUUGCCUGUGGCAAGCUGCAGCUCCCUGAGGACCUGGCCUGGCUCUACUUUGAGACCUUUGACCUGCUGGCUGGUCACCCUGCAGAGGAGAGGCUGGAGUGGGCUGAGAACCUGUCCCAGUGCUCCUCUCCCAGAGAGCUGGACCGCCAGAGGAGCAAGUUGUGUGUGGACACGCUGCAGUUCCUCCUGUUCCUCUACAUUCAGCAGCUGAACCGGGUGUCUCUGCGUACGUCUCUGAUUGGUGAAGAGUGGCCAAGCCCCCGCUCUCGCUCCCCCUCCUCGGACCGCGAGGCAAAGACCAGCUCUCAAAAUAAGAACUGGGACGACCAGGCUCACCUGUCCUUCCUCCAGACCCACCUGUGUGAAUUGCUGGAGCUGCUAGUAGAACCAGGCCAGCUGUCAGGGUCUGGCCAAGCCGUGAAGGACAGCCAGGUCUCUCUGGAGGCUCUACAGGGCCUCAGUCUGCUGCUGGAGGGCUCAGUGUCCCGCGGCCGGAACGUCCACCCCAUCCACAAGCUGCUCUCCAGAGCCCCACUCCAGACCCAAGCAGGGUACUCCAAACUCAGCCGCUCCUUCUCCCUGCACCCCCUGCUGGCAUGGCUCAGACAGGCCCUCGUCCCCAACCCCUUUGGGAUGUCAACCUGCCUGAGGUCUGGGAAGAAGCUGGCCUGGGCUCAGCAAGUGGAGGGAGCUAUGAAGAGAGCUAAGAUCGCCCGGAACACCCACACGGCCCCCCCAGGCAGCAAGAUGGUGCUGAUGUCACAGGUGUUCAGACAGACCCUGGCCAAGGACUCAGACAAGCUAGCAGGAGCUAAUGUCAAAAUACACCGCUGCAGUGACGCCUUUAUCUACCUCCUCUCUCCACUCAGGUCAGUGAGCCUGGACAAGUGUCGUAACAGCACGGUAGUCCUGGGUCCCAUCGAGACCAGUAUCCACAUCCAGAGCUGUGAGAACGUCAAGGUGGUGUGUGUGGCUGGCCGUCUAGCCAUAGGGUCCUCCUCCUACUGUACCAUCCAUGCCCUCACCCCCACCCGGCCUCUACUGCUCCCUGGGAACACUGCACUCACCCUGGGGCCCUUCCACACACAUUACCCCUCCCUGGAGGAUCACAUGGCCAGUGUGGGUCUAGCUGUGGUGCCCAAUGCCUGGGACCAACCCUUUCUGGUGGGAGUGGAGGGUACCAUCCCAGACCCUGGAUCCUACAGGCUGCUGCCGCCCGCUGAGUUCUGCCCCCUUGUGGUGCCCUUCAGGAUGGAGGGGGAUACGUGUGAGGUGCCGGGUGGGCUGCCAUCGCUGUACCAGAAGGCCCAUGAGGAGAGAGAGAAGAGUGUACAGGACUGGCAAAAGAUGGUGAAGGAUGCCCACCUGAACAAGGAGCAGCGACGUCAGUUCCAGGCCCUGGUGGAGCAGAAGUUCCAUGAAUGGCUGUUGGAGUCAGGACACAGGCAAGAGCUUGAUAGCCUUAUCCCCCCCUGCAUCGCAUCCCAGGACCCCUCGGACAGCGACAGCCUGGAGGCCAGGACCAAUGACACCAGACAGGAAGGGACAUCUAUACGGGAAGUGGGACAGACGCGUCUACCUUGCUGACUUUUGGGGGUUCUUGUUGAUGGAGAUCCCCAUACAAAGCUCUUGCCUUUGCCUCACAGUCAGCGGUUUGCCUCAGCCACUAGCGGUUUGCCUUAGCCACUAGCGGUUUGCCUCACAGUCAGCGGUUUGCCUCAGCCACUAGCGGUUUGCCUCAGCCACUCUUUGUUUGCCUGCUGUCUGUCCACAGUUCCAGGCAGGAUCUGAUCUGAGGAUCAGUAGACUACAGAAGGAGGGUGGUCUGGUAUAGACGACUGGCUCUGUUCUAGUCCCCUUCAUCCAGCUGAGACUGUUGCGUCCCGAUUCUCUACCCUUCUCCUGAAGUGUGUACUUGUACACUCCCUCUCAUGUAUUUAACAACGGUGCGGAUGUGCAGGGUAGAGAAUCAGGACAGAGCCAGUGGUCAUAGAGCACUUGGGGUACAAUACCAUGGUACCUAUUGUUAGCCACACUGGUUAGAUCUGUGUAGUGUGGUGCCUCUGCAGUGGGUACUGUACUAUUGAAAUAAUAGGGAAUCAGGUUGUGCUGUUCAUCCAGAGAUUGACCUUGUCCAGUAUGUAGAAUAAAUUAAUUAAUGUAUUCAUGUGAUUGUACAGUAUGUAUGAUAUUGCGUCUUAAUAUGCCUUUUCUGGUAGCAUAGGAGAGAGGGUGUGAUGAAUUUAAAGGUCUGCUUCUUCAACAAAUUCCAAUGAAUUUAGUACCUUCGUAGCCUGAGUGCCAAUCUAUUGUGCUAUCAUGUCAACUCCUUACUACUGUUUCAAAAUGAUCAAUGGAGAUGGCAAGAGCACACACAGAUGUGGGACCAGGCUAGUACUUCCCUGGGAUGGGUAUUUGAAGCCUGUCGUCUUCAGACAGCACGCACCUCUAAGAGGAUGGAUGACAGGGCACAUUAGUGUAAUGAGAAGAGAAACAUGCCUUUGAGGGAACAGUUCUAUUCCAUUAUAUGGGUCAAGGGACAGUGGACCUAAAGCAAAGAUCUGUGUACUGUUAUCAUUAGCCUAGCAUGGGCCAGAGGAUGCUGAUGUGUUAGGUAACUUAAGUCUAUCCCUUCUUUGUUAGUCCUCUCCCUUUUCCUCAGUGUGUAGAAGGAUGGAUGAUAUUGUGGUUAUGCCUUACUGCUGUAGCUUAGUUCUCAGUGACUUGCCUUUCAAUUCAAUUGCACUAUGCUUCCCUGCCUACACAAUUACAAUGGAAUUAAUUUACAAUGGUUUCUAGGAGCACAAUUUUGUUAGUUCUCAAGUGUUCUUUAGACAUCAAUAAACUAUUAGUUUUUUUGCCUUGA